GUUAACUCUGUUUUCCUGGGAGUGAAUCUCAACUGUGAGACCAACAACACUGAACAUCACACCAAAAAAAUCUCAAAGGAUGAGCUGAUUGUGAGGCGAGGCCAGCCGUUCACCGUCAAAGUUGAACUGACAGAACCUUUCAAGCCUGACCUUUACCCACUCACCAUCACUGCAGUGACAGGAGAAAAUCCAUCUGAGGACCUGUGGACAAAGUCAUGCUUUGGUAUACCAGACAAAAUCCAGCGUUCACCGUCAGCAAAGGCGGUGUGGAAGGUAGAGCUAGAGAAGAGAUCCUACCCACUAACAGGCUCUUUGAAUUUGACCAUUACCCCUCCAGCUGACGCUCCAAUCGGAAAGUACAACUUAACUGCCAGAUAUAGGGACGAGGAAACAUUGUUGGCAACUCUGAUAGUGCUCUUUAAUCCCUGGUGUCCUGAUGAUUCAGUGUCUCUCUGUGAUGAGGCAGAGAGACAGGAGUAUGUGAUGAAUGAACAUGGCAUAAUCUACAAAGGAAGUGGGGAUUACCUCAUAUCUAUUCACUGGGACUUUGGGCAGUUUGAAGAGGACAUGGCAAAGAUUUGUCUGAAGAUCUUAGAUGUCAGCCCAAACCACCUGGAAAACCCAGCUAAGGAUGCUUCUGCUCGCUGUAACCCCAUCUAUGUCACCCGCGUGGUCAGCGCCAUGAUCAACAGUGGAGAUGAAUAUGGCGUCCUGGAGGGACGGUGGGCAGGUCCAUUUUGGGGUGGCGAUGAACCCUCUCACUGGUCUGGCAGCUAUCCCAUCCUCAAGCGCUGGCACAACAUCGGCUGCCACCCAGUCAAAUAUGGACAGUGCUGGGUAUUUGCUGGCGUGAUGUGUUCGGUAAUGCGUCUUUUGGGCAUCCCAUGCCGUGUGGUCACCAACUAUCAGUCAGCUCAUGACAGCAACAAGAAUCUGAUCAUUGAUGUGUACCAUGCUGACUAUGGGGUCAGAGAGAAAGAGACCAAGGACAGUGUGUGGAACUAUCAUGUCUGGUUAGAGUGCUGGAUGAGGCGAACUGAACUGGCAAAAGAUGGAAAAUAUGACGGGUGGCAAGUUGUGGAUCCAACACCGCAGGAGAAGAGUGAUGGUGCAUACUGCUGCGGUCCAGCCCCAGUCAAAGCCAUCCUGAAUGGAGAAACCGAUCUGAAAUAUGAUGUCCCAUUUGUCUUUGCUGAGGUCAAUGCUGACUGCAUUGACUGGCUGUGUAAAGCUGAUGGCACAAUGGUGAACAUUUUCUCUGACACCAAGAGAGUCGGACAGAACAUCUCCACCAAGGCUGUUGGCUCCGACACGAGGCUGGACAUCACAGACAGCUACAAGUACAAGGAAGGGACCGAGGAGGAGAGGACUGUAUUUAAAAAUGCCCUCACCAGAAAUCACCCUGGAGAUGAUGAAAAAAAGGAUAAUGAAGGGCCCAGGGAUGCAGAUGUGAACGGGACAAAUAAUGCAAACCAGAAUGGAGGGAAGGUGGAUGGAGCUGGGAAUGCAGGGAAGGAAGAGAACAAGACAGAUGAUAAGACCACAAACAGCACAAAUGCAACAUCUCCCGAGAGCAUCCUUCCACUUCCACAAAUAUCCAUGCGUUUUGAAGAGGUAUCCAAGCCAAAGGACGGUCAGGAUGUGAGUCUGAAGCUGGUGCUGAACAGUGAGAGCAACACUGCCAGGCCUGUGUCCAUCAAUAUCAGCGUCCAGGCCAUGAGAUACAAUGGCUCACCAGUUGAAAACAUCCAGAGUGAGGUGAAGGAAGAGACACUGCUGCCUGGGAAAGGUCUGUCCAUCCCUAUCUUGGUUCCCUUCUUGGUGUACCAUGAGCACAUGGUGGACUCUGAGAGCAUGAAGAUUUCAGCUAUGGUGACAGAUAAGCUGGAGCCGAAAAAUGUGUACCUAGCAGUGAAUGAUGUCAUUCUGUUGGAUCCUCCAAUCUCCAUCACACUUCAUAGUCCAGCGAGAGUGAACCAGAGCACCGCUGCUGAAGUGGUUUUCAUGAACCCAGUUAACAAGACACUGACUGAUUGCACUCUGACUAUUUCUGGAAGUGGUCUAGUGGACGGGGAGCAAAAAUGCACACUUCCAAAUCUGAAGCCAAGCAGCAGAAUACGUGCCACUGUAUUCCUGUUUCCCAACAAGACCGGCAAGAAGACUCUGGUGGCCAGCUUUGACUGCUCCUCCUUCAGACACCUAAAGUGCACCUGCGUUGUCAAUGUCCUCCCAUAA